AUGGACAACAUCUCCUCGGCAGACAUAUUCACUCUCACUGCUCUUAGUGAGACUGACUGGACCAGCAAAUUCAUCAUAUUUAUUUUUGCCCUGCCAGGAUAUUUUCUGACUGUUAUUCUCAACUCAACUUUAGUUACGAUCAUUGUUCUGGAGAAAACCCUACACCAACCUAUGUACAUUUUCUUGUGUAAUUUGUGUAUUAGUGAAUUAUAUGGAGCCACAGGAUUUUAUCCAAAGCUCCUAUCUGACUUACUGCUAGGAAACAAUCUGAUCUCAUUCCAGGAAUGUGUCUUUCAAAAUUUUGUCAUUUUCACCUAUGCCUUGAGUGAAUUUACUAAUCUAACAGUAAUGGCUUUUGAUAGAUACAUAGCAAUAUGCAGUCCCCUGAGCUACCACAGUAUCAUGACCACUUUAACUGUUUGGAAGUUUGUGGUUUUCAUCUGGAUGUUUCCCUGCUGUUCAGCAUUAAUGAUGAUUUUAAUGACACUAAGGUUUCCUAUCUGUAAAACGCAGAUUAACAAAUUGGUCUGUGACCACAUGUCCAUGGAGAGACUUGCUUGCAACACCGACACGACUCAGUUUGUGCUUAAUGGAUUAUUCACUGGCAUAUUUUGUGGUUUUGUUUUCUUUUUCUUUUAUUCUUAUACUAGAAUAAUUAUAGUGUGCAAGCAAUCUAAACAAGGUCAGAAGUUUAGGAGCACAUGCCUGCCACAUUUGAUUGGGUUUUUGAACUACAUAGUCUGCUCCCUUUUUGAUGCUUUUCACACUCGCUUUGGAUCAACAUAUGCCUCACAGGCACUUCAAAACUUCAUGUCAAUCACAUAUCUGAUUAUUCCUCCUUUUGUAAACCCCAUGAUGUAUGGAAUUAUACUGAGUCCAAUUAGGGUUAAAAUUAUCUACAUCUCCCAAAGAUUAAGAUCUAAAAUAACCAACAGAGUAACAUACUAA